GGACGUGUGAUUUGGCAGCGACAGAACUCUCGUUGUGAGGGGGAAACCAGACAAAUGGAAAAAAAGAAGGGGAUUUCUGCUCUUUCCUGAUUUUGCCAUGACUACACAAAAAGGCUGGGUUCUCGCCUUUACAAUAAUAGCGCUUCAUCUAAUCACUCAAGUGCAAGGACAAGGUAGAUUGAAAUUAACUGUUCUGUCUGAGGACAGACUGCAGAUGAAAUGGAAAGAAGUUGAUGGAAACAAGCAGGGAUACAAAGUACGAGUAAAACCAUCAACAGGUACCUCUGAAGGGGAAAUAAUCCUGAAGACCAACAUAGCAAAAGCAACUGUAGUAGGCCUUUCACCCACUCAAGAGUACACGCUUCAAAUAUUACUGCUUAACGGAACUCGUGAGCACCAUUAUGCCAAAAGAAAGUUUAUUAUAAAUGUCCUAAAAGAACAUCAUUCAAAGAAAGUUCCCAAGCAUAAACAAAAUGAAAGGAUCAUAGAUACAAUAGGAGAGAAUGGUACUCGAUUCGACUUUGGCAUUCCUACUAGUAAUGCAACAGGCCUCCGUGAAACGGAAAUGAUACAUGGAACACAAUCCAGAAAAGUGAAAAGUUCAGAACGAAGAAAGUCAGCCGAUAAGAUGUCAGAGAACAAAAUGAGAAAGUUGAGCAUCACUGCUGCUGAAAGUGAAAGAACAUCACAAAUGAAAAAUACAACACAAAUUUUGCCUAAAAAUAAAAGGAAAAUGGUACAAGAAAAACGAAAGGAAGAACCUGUGUCUGAAGAAUUGUCAGCGAAAGGCUCUCAGUUCAAGUGCCAAUCAAAUGCUGCUGCAGAUAUUAUAAUCGUAAUUGAUGGAUCAUGGAGUAUUGGCAGAAUAAACUUCCGACUGGUUCGACAGUUUUUGAUAAACUUAAUUACACCUUUUCACAUUGGUGCAGAUGGAAUUAGAAUUGGAUUAACUCAAUAUAGUGGAGAACCAAGGACAGAGUGGGACCUGAAUGCAUAUUCUACCAAGAAUGAGGUACUCGAAGCAGUUCAAAAAAUACGCUACAAGGGAGGCAACACGUACACAGCUCUUGCCUUGAACCACGUUUUAAAAAACACCCUAAAACCUUCAGCUGGCGCUAGACCAGAAACUGCAAAAUUCUUGAUACUGCUUACUGAUGGGAAGUCACAGGAUGAUGUCAACUCAUCAGCUCAAAGUCUGAAAAAUGCUGGUGUUGAAAUUUUUGCAAUUGGUGUAAAGAAUGCUGAUGAAGCUGAGCUGAAACAAAUAGCCUCUGAUCCACUUGAACUCCAUGUGUAUAAUGUACUUGACUUUAGUCUUCUAGACUCUCUUAGUGAUAAACUCCCGAAGAUUCUUUGUGGACAGAUGAAGGCAAAGGCAACCAAAGUGAAAAGUGAACACCACAAGCCUGGCAGUGGUGCCAUUUUAUAUCCAACCCCAACAAAUCUGGUGAUAUCUGAUAUAACAGCCAGAAGUUUCAGAGUCAGCUGGACACACAGCCCAAAAAAGGCUAACAGAUACCGUGUUAUAUAUUACCCAACCAAAGGCGAGAAACCAGAAGAGGUGAUUGUGGAUGGAACAGUUUCAUCUGUAGUCCUAGAGAACUUACACUCCCUUACUGAAUACCAAAUCGCGGUGUUUCCCAUCUAUGAAAGUUUUGUUGGUGAAGGUCUCCGAGGCAUUGAAACAACAUUAUCUUUCCCAUCACUGAAUAAUCUUACAAUCUAUGAUGUCACACAUAACAGUAUGAGAAUUAAAUGGCAGCCUCAAGAUGAAGCCUCUCAUUAUAUGAUCCUUUAUGAACAAGUUUCUAGCGAUGAAGUAGAUGAUGGAAAAGAGAUCAGGGUUGAUGCUCAGCACACAGAUAUUGAAAUAGAAGAUCUCUCUCCGCAUGCAGAGUAUAUUGUAACGGCUUAUGCAUUAUAUGGAGAUGAAACAAGUGAACCUGUAACAGCACAGCAAGCAACACUUUCACUGGACCCUCCAAGAAACCUGCACCUUACUGAACUCCAUCACAGUAGUGUUAAAGUAAAUUGGGAGAGAGCUUCAAGGAAAGUGAGUGGACAUCAGAUCAUGUAUGUGUCAGCCAAUGGGAAUGAUCCCAAGCAGAUUGAAGUUGGUGGGAACAUUACAAAUGUAUUAUUGAAAAACCUGGCCUCACUGACAAAGUAUGUGGUUUCUGUACUUUCCAUUUACGACGCUCUAAGCUCUGUGCCUGUUACCGUCACUGCUGAAACAGGUAGGGUUCCGCCUCCCUCAAAUCUGAAAGUCACUGAAUUUUCAGACACCAGUUUAACAAUUACAUGGAAACAUGCAGCCAGUGAUGUUGCUCUGUACAAAAUAAAAUGGAUUCCACUCAGUGGAGGAAAAUUGUAUGAGCUGGACGUCAAAGGGAACAUUAACACAGCAGUGUUACAGGGUCUGGCCAAAAACAUAGAAUAUCAAGUAUCGCUGUCGGCGCUAUACAAUGACACAGCAAAAAGCAAUGCAAUUGUUCUGCGUUACAACACAUAUUCCAGAGAUCCUCCAACAAAUCUUCUCAUAGAGGCUAAGACUCCAACUAGCCUCCAAGUCAGCUGGGAUCAUCCAGGUGGAAAUGUUCAACAUUACAAAAUAUCAUAUAUGACAGUUACAGGUGGCCAUGCUGAUGAGACGAUCACACCUGUUAAGAGAAACAGCAUAAUAUUACAACCACUUAUUUCUGACACCACGUACAAUGUGACAAUUACUGCUGUCUAUGCUUCAGGUGAUGAGGCCAGUAUAUCUGGAGAGGGUAAAACAUUGCCAUUUGUUCCACCAGCCAACCUACGAAUCACUGAGGUAUCAUACAAUCACUUCCAGGUCAUGUGGGAUAAAGCUGAGACCCAACCUAUGGGAUACGUUGUGAUUUACCAGGCAGCUUCUGGUCAAGUCAUGGAAGUAAUGACUGGAGAGAAUGCAGACUCCAUCAUAAUAAAGAACCUUCAGAGUGGCCAGGAAUACAACGUCAGAGUGAUUGCAGUCUAUCCAAAUGGCAACAGCACUGCCAUUGAAGGAAAAGCUACAACAUUGCACUUGCGCGUAACAGAUCUUCAUACUUAUCAUGUCCAGUUGACCACAAUGUGUGCUCAGUGGGAAGGCCAUGCAGGAGCCACAGGCUACAGGAUUGUCCUGGAGUCACUGAAAGAAGGAAAGAUGCAGGAAAAAAGUUUGCACACAGGAAUAGACAAGUACUGUUUCACUCAUCUAUUUCCCAAUACUUCCUACAAGAUCACUGUCUACACAAAACUGCAGGACAUGGCAGGACCUGCUGUCUCUGUUCUUCAGUCUACGUUGCCACUUCCAAUAAGAUCUACAUUUGCUUCCAGUGUUGCUCCUGCUACUCUAAAAGAUUGCCGUGCAGUCAAAACAGACAUGACAUUUAUAAUUGAUGGUUCCAGGUUGGUAGGAGCAGUAAACUUCAGGAAAAUCAUUGCCUUCGUGUAUGACAGUGUUAGUGUUUUUGACAAAAUUGGACCAGAAGGAAUACAGGUAUCGAUGAGCCAGUUUAGUAAUCACAUGUGGAAUGAAAUUCAGCACAGCUCCUUUGAAAGUAAGGAGCAAUUACUGGGAGCAAUCUAUGACAUACCUUAUAGAGGAGAAGAUGCAAGCACAGUCAAAGAUGGCAGAACAUCAAAUGGUCUGUUUUCCAAAAAUGAAACAAUGAAAAGGAAACAUGUUCACAAAAUUUUAAUCAUUAUCACUUGUGGAACAGUUCUUGAUGAAAUAAACCAAACACUACAACAGUUGGUAUUGAAAGGCUUUUUUAUCUUUGUUCUUGGCAUUGAUGAUGCUGAUGAGGUGAAAAUUAAUAACAUUGCAAGCACACCCAGUCCCAGAGCUGUAUUUUACGUUCGUGACUUCAAUGACUUAAGCAACAUUGGAAACAAAGUUAUCGCAUCCAUUUGUCAAACGGUCACUACAACUUGUCCUUUGACAAAUAUUCGAGGCACAGUUGUCCCAGGAAUUAACAUGAUGGAGGCAUUUGGCUUAGCAGACAAAGAGUUUUCAGAACUUGAAGGAGUUUCUAUGGAGUCUGAUAUCUUUACAGGUUCAUCAUCAUAUAGUAUUUUUGAAAAUGCUCAGCUUAUACAGGCUACCAGGAAUAUUCACCCCACAGGACUACCCGGAGAGCACACCAUUACCCUGCUGUUUCGAUUGCUACCUAAUACUCCUAAAGAACCAUUUGCAAUUUGGCAGAUUGUGAAUGAAGAUUUUAACCCUCUUGUUGGAGUAGUGCUUGACUAUGAACAGCAAACACUGAACUAUUUCAGUCUUGACUACAAAAGUGAAUUUCAGAGAGUUAUUUUUAACCAACCUGAAGUGAAAAGGAUUUUCUUUGGAAGUUUCCACAAGGUCCAUAUAGCAGUGAGUAGAACCAAUAUCAAGCUUUACCUUGACUGCAUGGAAAUUGGAGAGAAACUCAUAAAUGGUGUUGGAAAAAUCUCCACAGAAGGUUUUGAAGUGCUUGGCAAACUGGUAAACAACAGUGAUCCUGGCAAUAGUUCAGUACCAUUUCAGUUACAGGCAUUUGAAAUGGUUUGCAAUAAAUCUUGGGCGAACAUGGAUAAGUGUUGUGAUCUACCAGCAUUGAGAGAGGAUGUGAAAUGUCCCCCUCGUGUCCAACCCUGCACUUGCUCAUCGGUAACCAGAGGAGGACCAGGUCCUUCAGGACCACCAGGUCCUGCUGGUGCAAGAGGUCCCCAGGGUGAACGUGGAGAGCCUGGACCUCGGGGUCCAGUCGGUCCAAUUGGUGAUAGAGGGCCGAUGGGAUUAGAGGGUGAACCAGGACCUCCAGGACCCAGGGGACUCAGUGUUCGAGGACCUGUGGGUCCUCUUGGUGAAAAAGGGCAAAAAGGUGAGCCUGGACAAAGAAGCAAUCAGGGCCUUCCAGGUGCUCGAGGUCCUCCAGGGAGAGAUGGACUUCAGGGACCAAAGGGGACAAGAGGACUAGAAGGCACAAUUGGACCCCCAGGACUUCCUGGACCAAGAGGACCAAUAGGUAUCACAGGGCCAUCAGGUUAUCGAGGGGAUCGAGGACCACCAGGUGAAGUGGGGCCAUCUGGACUGCCUGGUGCAAAGGGAGAAAAAGGAGAGAAGGGGGAACCUCAAUCCCUCACUGCAGUUUAUCAGAUGGUUAGCCAAGCUUGUGAGGAGCUUGUUCAGAAUCACAUGUUGAAAUUUGAUUUGGUCUUGAAUGAGUUUACAAACAACCCAGUACCCGUACGGAUCAUCCAGGGACCAGCCGGUGAGGUUGGACAGCCAGGGAGACCAGGACCACCUGGAAAUCGAGGGCCUCCAGGAAUACCUGGCAUGCCUGGCAAUGCUGGCAAAGCUGGCUACCCCGGAGAGAUCGGUAAACCUGGUGAAAAGGGAGAGAAAGGAAGCCCAGGAGUCAAUGCACCAGGCUCUGAAGGACCCAGGGGGACCCCAGGCCCUCAAGGUGAAGGAAAACGCGGAAAACAAGGACCACAGGGAUUACCUGGUCCACCAGGACGUCCUGGCCUGCCAGGUUUACCUGGCUCCAUUGGACCACCAGGUGCUGCAGGACACUGUGACAUCUCUGCCUGCAAUACAUUUAACACAGGGAGUGAAUCAGACAUUGAAUCCGAGCGUAAAUUUCAACAACUGCCUUAAGCCAUUUAUAGUUAUGGAAGCCGCUCUUGUUUUUAUUCUCAAGGAUGAAUGAAAAACAACUAAACAGAAUUAAAUAUAAUGCAGUGUACAGUUGAAUGAACCACAACCAAAUGCUUUGUUUUGUUUUAUUAAGAACAGUAACAUUUUCAUAUUGCAUUGAUCGAAUUACAUGUACCAUACGCUGAGAAAUAGGACAU